AUGAUCGAGACUGCGCCCGACCGCCCGCACGUCCUGCGCAAGGUGCUCGCGGUGCUGCACCACUGCGUCCUCCAUGGCAGCGACGCGUUUCUCAACGCUGCGUUGGCAAAGAAGCCGCUGUUGCGCGACCUCGCGCUCCAUUACAACCGGGACGAAAGCCAGCAGUACAAGUACAGCAAGGACUUGGACGCAGGCGCAGGCGUGCGCAAGCUUGCAGCCGGCCUCUUCGACGUCCUCCACUCGCCAUCGGCACUGCACGACGCCCGGUCGGCCGCGUUGCAGCUGCAGAAGAAGCUCUCGGCCUCUGGCAUUGGCCUCUUAUCGCCGUCGGCAUCGCCGCGCCCGAGCACGUACUUGGACAGUUCGCGGCCCGCGCCGUACACGGAUGACCCGUCCCCGCCGUCGUGGGAGCUCGGCGGUCGAGGCCACGUUUGCCACGAAUUCAACACGGACGCUGCCGACGCGCACUGA